AUGGCCAAAACCCCCAGCAAGAAGUCUGCCAAAGCCCCCAAGAAGGCCGGCGAAAAGGGCAAGAGCCGCAAGACCAAGCGCAUUGAGUCGUACUCGACCUACAUCUACAAGGUGUUGAAGCAAGUGCACCCCGAAACCGGUAUCUCCAAGCGCGGCAUGUCCAUCAUGAACUCGUUCAUCAACGAUAUCUUCGAGCGCAUUGCGUCGGAAGCCGGCAAGUUGAGCCGCUACAACAAGAAGUCCACGUUGUCGUCCCGCGAAAUCCAAACCGCCGUGCGCCUCAUGCUUCCUGGUGAAUUGGCCAAGCAUGCCGUGUCGGAAGGCACGAAGGCCGUGACCAAGUUCACCUCGUCCGCUUAA